ACUCUGAUGUACUUACGACAACGUGCUAACACAUUCAAUCCAUGGUAGGCCUAGUGUGAAGUGUUUCUUAGAACUUUCAUACAAGUCACCGCGACAUUAAGGCUGUAAAAGAUACAAAUACACAAAUCUGUUUGGAAUGGAAACUAGAAGUGGCAGUAGUCUGACCUAUUACUUGUCUGCGUCAGUCGUUGGACUAGUUGUAUACUACUUGUACAAACAGGUGUGGACAAAAGACAAUUGGAAGUUGUAUGGCGUCAAGCAGGUCAGUCUGACCAGGAUAAUGAUACAUGACUUUAAACAAUCUAUUAAUAAACUUAUCAAUGAAGAAGGUGAUACAGUGGGGUUUCACAUGAGUGAGAUGUUAUUACUGACACGUGACCUGAACAUCCUCAAACAAGUGAUGGUCAAAGACUUCAACAAUUUCGUUGACCGUGCUGCGAUCAUAGCCUCUAACUCUCCAGUGGAGAAAGGUGUCUUCUUUCUGGGUGGACAAGACUGGAAGCGAGUACGUCACGUGAUCACGCCUUCUUUUAGCACUGGGAAGUUGAAGCGUGUUACAGACUUAAUCAACGAGUCUGGUGUCAAACUGGCCAAUCUGCUGGACAGUUACGCCCAGAAAGAUAACCUUCUCAAUAUCAAACACAUUAUGGGUCAAUUCACGGGAGAGGUCAUCGCCAGAACAGCUUUCAGUCUUAAGACAGACUGUCUUGGCAAGACAGAGGAUGACGAGUUCACUAAGUUCACCAAGAAAAUAUUUGUCAUUCCUGGCAGGAUACGAAAUUUUUUGAUGUUGAUCAUUUUACAGUGGAGACUGUUACAUCUGUUUCUUGUUAAGAAAUGUAAAGUGUUUUUCUUUGAUAGCGUCAGUAAAGAAGCAGAUGAGUACUUCCAGGCUAUUCUACAUCGGACUGUAGAAGACAGGAAACAGUUGUCACGUGAUUGGCAGAGACCUUACACUGACCUUUUCCAAAACUUGAUCUCUGCCAAAGACGCUGGAGAUAAAGAGAUGAAAGAGUCUGAUGGUACACCAAACAAUGACUCCUGGGAUACCUUACCCAAGACAAUGUCUGAGGAAGAGUUACUUGGACAGUCUAUGUUCAUCAUUUUUGCUGGUUUCGACACAACAGCCACCACGUUACAGAUGUGUUGUUACAACCUGGCCAGACAUCCGGACAUUGAUGAAAAGGUUUACCAAGAAAUACAGAACAUCGUCAAAUCUGAUCUACCUUCGUAUGAAGAAAUUCAACAAUUAAAGUACAUGGAACAGGUCAUCAACGAAACUCUACGACUGUAUCCUCCCGCACCAAUCAUGACCCGACGUGCAGCCGAGACCAGAAAGUACGGCAACAUCACCAUACCGAAAGGUGCAGGCGUGAUCAUACCCUUAGACAUGGUGAUGAGAGAUCCCAAACACUAUCCCGACCCUGAAAAAUUCGAUCCCGAUAGAUUCACUGAAGAGAAUGUUGCCCAACGUGACCCGAUGACCUUUAUGCCUUUUGGUUAUGGACCUCGCCAGUGUAUAGGAAUGAGAUUAGCUUACAUAGAGUUGAAAUAUUGUUUGGUUCAUGUCUUGAGGAAAGUGAAGUUUGAGCUGAAUGAAAGAACUGAACCCACACCUGACGGAGAGAUUGAGAUACUUUUCAAUGGUUUUAUCUUUACAAAGAAUCCUAUGAGGUUGUCAGUCAAAUCAAGACGUUAAAAAGGCAAGUCAAAUAUUUAUCUAUUAAGCCUUUAUCAUAUAUGUACGAAGAACUUGUAGUUUUUUUUUUAAUAUAAGGCUGUAGGUAAGACGUAAUAUGAUGAAUGUACCAAAGACAUACAUGAUGUUUAUAGCUGCUUGAUGACCAUGGACUGUGUCUAGACGAAAUACUGACCCAUCUCUUCUGAAGCAGCAGCAGCCAACUCUUAGUGCACAUCACUGGACCUUAAAGUCCAUCAUCCUGCUCUCUCUGUCUCUCUCUGUGUCUCCUCUCUCUCUCCUCUCUCUCUCUGUCUCCUCUCUCUCUUUGUCUCCUCUCUCGCUCCUCUCUCUCUGUCUCUCUUGCUCUCUCUGUCUCCUCUCUCUUUCUCUGGUCUAAUGUUUCUGUUUCUACGUGAAGAGAGUAUAUCUACUUUCCUAAUUUCGUGCUCAUAUUUUGCUAAAUCUUAUGGAAUUGCAGGCAUGUAUUGAAACCAGAACGAUUGAGUUCAAAGCAUAGAUUUUUAGUAAUAUUUAAAAUGUGUUUCACAUUUUUUUUAAAAAUCUGUUUUGUUUGUGCACAUCAAGUGAUUGUAUUGAAAUGGAGACCGUGUGGCUUAUCUUUCCAAACUAUAAAUAUAUAAUAAGGUUACAACAGGUCUGGCCUUUGGCAUAGGCACACUAGGCAUCCACCUAUGGCCUCCGAUUGGAGGGGGCCUCGCACAGGACUAAAUAGCGAAAUUUGUCCUCAAUUUGAUUGAGUACAUUCAAGGUUCUUGAUAAAUCGCGAAAUAUGUUUUUCUUCGCUGUAUUUUGUAUUAAGUUAUUUAUUCAUUAAAAGUUUUGCAAAUUUU